AUGACUCUCGAUUGUUCUCAAGAUGUUGUUUAUGAUUUGGAAAAUUUACUUGAAACUGACGAAGGAUAUGACGUUAUUAUUUACGCUGGCGAAAAUGAAAAUGAAACAGAAAUUCAUGCUCAUUCACUUAUAUUACGCACAAGGUCACAAUAUUUUCGUACAGCUUUCUUUGAAGAAACGUGGAUUAUGGCAAGAGAUGGAAAAUAUAUUUUUAAGAAACCUAACGUCAAACCUAAUUUUAUUAAAAUCAUUUUAAGAUUUUUUUAUUGUGGAAAGGUUGAUUUAACUAAAUUAUUAGAACCAGAUAUUAUGGAUCUUUUGAUAGUGGUUGAUGAAUUUAAAAUUCAAAUUUUAAUCCGUUUUAUACAAGAAUAUUUAAUCAAAAAUCUUCAUGAGUUCUUACGGCAGAAUCGGGUUAGAAUUCUUGAUUAUUUUUAUCAAAAUGAUUCCGUUCUAGACCUUUGGAAUUAUUGUUUUAACAAUAUUUGCGAAGAAGUGGAAAUAUUUUUUAAUUCUAAUAAAUUUUUUGAUUUAAAAGAAAAUCUAUUAGAAUUACUCUUAAAAAGGGAUGAUUUAUCAUCUAAUGAAAUUGUUAUUUGGAAAAAUCUGAUCAAUUGGUGUUUGGCAAAACAUCCUAGUAUUUCAAGUGAUGUUGAAAAAUGGAAUAGAAAUGAAAUCGCAAUCAUGGAGAAAACUAUUCAUAAUUUUAUACCAUUAAUUAGAUUUUAUGAAAUGUCAUCAGAUGAUUUUCUUUCAAAAGUUUAUCCUUAUAGAAAUUUAUUACCAAAAGAUUUGAUUAAUAACGUACUUAUAUUUCAUAUGGAUUUAAAUGUUAAAUUUAGUGCUAAUAUUAAAAAUAAACAAUUUAAAUUUAAAAAAUGUGGUUAUGAUUCUAUUUUAAUUAAACCGCGACAUUUUGCCAUCAUUGCUAGUUGGAUUGAAAAGAAAGAUGAUUUUUAUGAUGUUAGAAAUCUUCCUUAUAGUUUUAAUUUAAUUUAUCGUUCUAGUAAGCAUGGUUAUACAACUGCUGCAUUUCAUGAACAUUGUGAUAAUAGAGGUGCUUCUAUUGUUAUUGGAAAAGUCACGAAUUCGGAUCAAUUGGUUGGAGGUUAUAAUCCACUUAGUUGGGAUUCAAAUAAAUCUUGGAAUUUUACUGUUGAUAGUUUUAUUUUUUCUUCUAAAAAUAGAGAUAAUCUUCAAAAUACUGUAGUAAGUUAUAGUUUUGAUGAACAUUCUAUAUAUUGUGAUCCUCUUUAUGGUCCUGCAUUUGGUAGUGAUUUAAUUUGUUCAAGUAAUGGUGCUUGGAGAAGUAAGGAACGUUUUUAUCAUAAGAUUGAUGCUCCAUUGGAUUUCGAAGUGGAUGAUUAUGAAGUUUUUCAAGUUAUUAAAAGAUUUAAUUAG